GGUCUUACUCUGUCACCCAAGCUGGAGUGCAGCAGUAGGAUGAUGGCUACUGUAACCCUGAACUCCUGGGGUCAAGUGAUCCUCCUGCCUUAGCCUCUGGAGUAGCUGGUGAUUUUCCUUAAAUUGUUAAUUCCUUAUUUGCUAUUGUUGGAAAGUACAGACUUCUUAACUUUCUGUCUAAUCAAAAGGUAGUUUUAACAAAUAGUAAGCACCAUGAUUCUCUCUGCCUUUGCUUCUGCCCCUUCUGGUUUUGAUUGAAGAAAAUCAAAUGCAUUUCAGAAGAAUCCAGAAACAAGAACUUGCCAUCUCCCUCCCUAGAUCUUCCAUGUGUAGCAGCUAGACACUGUCAUGGUUUUUCAGGAAACUCGAGGCCGUUGGUUCCUUGAGAUUGUCCUGGUGGUGUCUGGGUGACCAAUUGCAGGCUCUGCUGAGGAUACAAUCAGGUUCAUGGCCAGCGUGGUGCCACCUUACGCUGUCCUGCCACUGUCCUCCCUGUGCACCCAGCUCACCAGCCCCUACCUCAAAGCCUCUUGUCCCAUCUCUUUGUCCAGUUUCAUGGAGCUGCACGUGGGACUCUCCUGCAGGAUUUCAGCUUCUCAAGGGCAGGGGCUGCUUGACACUUGCCACCACCUGGGGCAGCCAUGGCCUGGCUAGACUCAGGGUUCUACAACUGAAGUCUUCCCAGAAAAGUAUUCACAGACCUUAAAGUGCAAGAUAGCUGGUUAAAAUAUGAAGGGUUCUCAAGCAUGAUUUUUCUUUUAACUUUCCAUUUUGACAUGUUUUCAGAUUUAUAGGACUUAAUGACAGUAAUGCAGAGAAUUCCUGCUUACCCUUUACCCAGAUCUCCCAAAUCUGAUUUUUGAAACUUAGGGAUGUAUAUUUUCUUUCUUUCAAAACGCUUAGAGUGGCAGUCUUCCCAGUUGUCCUGCGCUGCUGGUUCUGUGAAGGCACAUGAAGUUCAAAGCCCUAAAUGGCUGGGAAGAGGUCGUCAGGCAAGCGGCUCCUGCUGCUGGGGCUGCUCGUGGCUGUAGCCACUGUCCACUUGGUCACCUGUCCCUACACCAAAGUGGAGGAAAGCUUCAACCUGCAGGCCACCCAUGACCUGCUCUACCACCGGCUGGAUGUGGAGAAGUAUGACCAUCAUGAAUUCCCCGGAGUUGUCCCCAGGACAUUCCUCGGACCAUUGUUGAUGGCAGCAUUCUCUGGCCCUGUGGUUUAUGUGCUUUCACUGUUAGAAGUAUCUAAGUUUUACUCUCAGCUAAUAGUUAGAGGAGUCCUUGGACUUGGUGUGAUUUUUGGACUCUGGACAUUACAAAAAGAAGUGAGGCGACAGUUUGGGGCCACAGUGGCCACCAUGUUCUGCUGGGCAACAGCCACACAGUUUCACCUCAUGUUCUACUGUACGCGGACACUGCCCAACGUGCUGGCCCUGCCUGUGGUCCUGUUGGCCCUCGAAGCCUGGCUUCGGCACAGCUCGGCCCGCUUCAUCUGGCUCUCUGCGUUUGCCAUUGUCAUCUUCAGGGCUGAGUUGGGCCUGCUGCUGGGUCUCCUGCUGCUGUUGAUGCUUCAUAGUGGGAAGGUCUCCGUGCCCAGCCUUCUCCGUCACGCCAUCCCGGCUGGGGCCGUCUGUCUGGGACUGACGGUUGCUGUGGACUCCUAUUUUUGGCGACAGCUUGUGUGGCCGGAGGGAAAGGUGCUUUGGUACAACACCAUCCUGAAUAAAAGUUCCAACUGGGGAACCUCCCCACUCCUGUGGUACUUCUACUCAGCCCUGCCCCGUGGCCUGGGCUGCAGCCUUCUCUUUGUCCCCUUGGGCAUGGUGGACAGAAGGACCCAUGCGCUCCUUUUGGCGUCCCUGGGCUUUGUGGCUUUGUACUCCCUGCUCCCACACAAAGAGCUGCGGUUUGUCAUCUAUGCCUUCCCUGUGCUCAACAUCGUGGCUGCCAGAGGCUGCUCACACGUGCUGAAUAAUUACAAAAAGUCCUGGCUGUAUAGAAUGGGGUCCCUGCUUGUGAUAGGACACCUAGUAGCGAAUGCCACCUAUGCGGCCGCGUCCCUCUGUGUGUCCCAUUCCAACUAUCCUGGAGGUGUUGCGAUGCGGAGACUGCAUGAGCUGGUGCCCCCCUGGACAGAUGUCUUUCUGCACAUUGAUGCUGCUGCUGCCCAGACAGGCGUGUCUCGGUUUUUACAAGUCAACAGUGCCUGGAGGUACGACAAGAGGGAGGACGUGCAGCCUGGGGCUGUAGGCAUGCUGGCCUAUACCCACAUCCUCAUGGAGGCUGUCCCCAGGCACCUGGCCCUCUACAGGGAUACACAUCGGGUCCUGGCCAGCAUCGUGGGCACCACAGGUGUGAGUCUGAACCUGACCAAACUGCCUCCCUUUGACAUCGACCUGGAGACAAAGCUGGUACUUCUGGAAAGACUCCUCAGACCAUCCUGAGGAGGAACUGGGACAGACCUCCAGCAACCAAAAUCCCUCCAAGAACCUGUGCCAAUUCUCAACUAGGACAGUAUGAAGAACAAAGAGGAGAACCACAAAC